AUGGUAUUAUUAGAUAAAAAUUCAAAUAAUAAUGGUCAAGCAAGUGUUAUCGAAGAUGAUUCUAGCCGAGAUAAAUUAUUUAAACGUUAUCAAAGUAUUGCUUACCGUAUUUGUGUAUUUUCAAUUAUUCUCGAUAUUAUACUUGGAUUAACAGCAUUUAUUAAUUGUAUGCUUGAUAAAUCAUCCGUUGGUUUAAGUUAUUCAAUUGAUACACUAAUGGAUUCGAUUUGCAUUUGUUUUGUUGCUUGGCAUUUAAAAGCUCAAACAUUGGACGAUUUUAAACGACGAGAUUAUCUUGUAUGUUGUGUAAUAGGUGCACUUUUUAUCGGUUCAUUUUUAGCUAUUGAAUCUCGUGCUAUACAAUCAAUGAUUGUUCCACAAGCACCAACAGGUGAUUGGCUUCUACUUUUAUAUUCAGUAAUUCAUAUAUCGAUUUUUACUGUUUUAUCUAUUGUUAAAAUAAUUCUUUCGAAAAAACUUAAUUCAAAAUCUUUGAUGGCUGAUGCAUUAAAUUCAACUAUUGGCAUUAUUAUGGCUGUACCAUUAAUACUAUGGGAUCGUAUACCUCUAUUAAGUCGACAUACACAAUUCGAUGAUUUAAUAUCUGUUAUAAUAGCUCUAUUUUUACUUGUUAUGGGUUGCAUAUUAGUUCAUAGUGGAAUAACUUAUCAUAAUAAACUUUACUCCGAAUCACUAAAUAGUGAUACCGAUGAUAUAAAUGUGAAUUCGGCUCUUUUAACCACAAUUCCAAUGCAAGUAGCAGGUCGGCCAAUUGCAGAAGACACACAUAGACAAUAUCUGAAUCUUGACAGAGAUGUUGAAACUACAGACGUUGCAUAA